GCGGCUGCAGUGGCUGCACUAGUUGGCAGUUGUCAACGUACAGCCUGACAAUCCCUCAUGGUUUUAGGGCGUUUUUACUGGAAUUGUUUAAUGUCACCUGGCCAGAUUUAAUCGUAGACGUCGGUGCUAUUAAUCGACGCUUCGCAUGAAGUCAUUUUAUCCCGUGUUUAGGUUCAGAAAGCGCAGAUAUGGAGGAUGAGGAGCGGCGGAGAAAGCUGGAGGCCGGUAAAGCGAAGCUGGCAGAGUACAGACAGAGGAAGUCUCAGAGUGAUGGACAGAAGAAGAAGAAGAAGAAAACGAAUAAAGGAUCAGAACAGCAAGAAGGAGAACAAGAAGUCAGUGGAGAGAGAAAGGAAUUACCAGCUACAGAGCUUUCCUUUUCCAGAACUCUCCGGAGUGGAGAAACUGUUAAACAUGACCAAACAUACACAAUAGAGCCUGAGAGUGAAAUCUCCACCACGGCAGAAGAUUAUUCCUCUGAGGUGAAUGGUCAUGAGAUGGCCGAGAAAUCGCUGGACGUUGGGGAGGAGGAGCUCUAUGCUCCUAGCAGACUGCAGGAGAUGGAGGACGAACUCGCCGCCAAAAACAUGGCGGUGGAGGAACUGAGCCGAGAGCUAGAAGAAAUCAGAGCUACGUUUGGAGUUGAAGGAGUACAACAGCUCCAGGACUUUGAGGCAGCACUGAAACAGAGAGACGGCAUCAUCACACAACUAACGGCGAACCUGCAACAGGCUCGGGCUGAGAAGGACGAGGUGAUGCGCGAGUUCCUUGAUCUUACUGAAAAAAGCCAGAAACUACAGAUCCAAUUUCAACAGUUGCAGGCAGGUGAGUCAUUAAGGAGCUCCAGUAUCAGCAGUGCUGCUGCAGAUCUCCUGCAAGCCAGACAACAAGUCCUGCUUUAUCAGCAACAGCUGGAUGAGAGAGACACAAUGGUCAAAAGUCUCCAGAUGCAGCUGGAGAAGAGGGAUGGAAAGCUCAGAGGUCUCCAGGAGCAGUUAGAGGACAGAGAUGGAAAUGUCAGUAGUCUCCAGAUGCAGUUAGCGGAUAGGGACGGAGAGAUCAAAGGUCUCUGUCAGCAGACAGAGGAGAUGGAGGGAAAGGUCAAAUGUCUUCAUGAGCAGCUACAGGAGAGUGAGGCUAAGGUCAGCAGCCUACAGGAGCGGAUGUUGCAGAUGACACAGAUCCAGCAGAGGAUGUCCGAACUUGAGACGGUGGGUGGACUCUACCAUCAAUCUCCAUUCAAAUUGGUCUCAAGGAAUACAGAAGAAUCUUUUACCCAGAGAUUUCAAGAGAAGGACUUGCGGAUUGAAGAACAGGAAAGGCUAAUACUAGAGCAUCAACAAUCAUUAUCCCAACUCCGAGACAAUCUCCAAGAAUCCGAGAAGCGUUUCAUUAACAUUAGUGAACAGCUGGAGGCAAAGGUCUGUGACCUAGAGGGUUGUGAAGCAGAGCUCCAGGCUUCCAAGGAGAAGGAGCGACUUUCAUCAGGUGAAAUCUUGCAGCUGAUGGGCACUGUGGAGGCCCUUCAAAAACGCUACCAUCAGGGCAGCCAGUCAGAAUGUGAGGUUCUCCAGAGGGCAGAACAAGAUGCUACACGAAGGCUGGACCACUUGAGGGCAGAACUGGACGAGAUGUAUGGGCAACAGAUUGUUCAGAUGAAACAAGAGCUCCUUUCUCGGCACACGGAAGAGAUGGCAAAUACCCUCAAUCAGCAUUCCACAGAACUGAAAAUGGUCUUGGACCAGCAUCGCAAUGACAUUGAGAGAUUAACAUCUCAGUUGACUCAAAGCACAGGAGAGGUCAAUGUCCUGAAUGUCAGGGUGAUUGAGCUCCAGCAACGGCUACAGGAGAUGCAGGUCCUGCGAGAAAAAGCUGAACAUGAUCUCACACAAACAUCUCAGGAAAAUAUAUUUUUGCAAAAACAGGUGCAGCAGCUCAUGGAGAACCUGCGCUUAAAGGAUCAGGAGAAGAGCCAAUCAGAGGUGCAUCUCCAACUUCAUUCUACGAUAACUGACCUUCAGGCUCAACUAGCAUCUGUUCAGGAAACCUCAAGUGAGCUGGAGGCCAAGCAUGAAUCUGAGAUUACUAACUACCGGAUCAAGCUAGAGAUGCUGGAAAGGGAGAAGGAUGCAGUACUUGAUCGUAUGGCUGAGUCACAGGAAGCUGAGCUCGAACGUCUCCGCACGCAGCUGCUAUUCAGCCAUGAGGAAGAACUUUCUAGGCUUCGUGAGGACCUUCAGCAUGAGAGCCAGAUGAAUGUGGGGAACCUGCGGGAUGAGCUCAACCAGCGACAUGAGGAGACUGUCCAACAACUCCGCAAUGGGUAUGAGGAAAGGAUGAGGGUGGCUGAGGAUGAGAGGUCAGUUUUGGCAGCAGAAAAGACCUCACUAUUGCAGGAGAUUGCCACACUGAAAAAUGACCUGAGCCAAGCACUGGAGAAAUCUCGGGUGGAGGAGCUGGUCUCACAACUGAAGGAGCUGCAGGCAGAAAUUCAGGAGCUCAGACAGAGACAAAGUGAAAAGGUUGAAACUGAUGGAGUACUGUGCAAAAAUGAACUGACAAGGGAGUCUGAGCAGAGUUGGGAGGAAAUUAACACUGAAAAUAAACAUCUAAAAGAAAGAAAUGCCUCCCUGACAGAAGAACUGAAGUCUCUUGAGGAGGAUCACAAGAUGCUGGUGAAGAAAAUGGACACUCUGAUUUCAGAGAACAGGCAAGUGAACGAGAUGGCCGAAGAACUAAAAGCUGAAAUUGAGAGGCAAAAAAGCACAUUCUCAUUUGCAGAAAAGAACUUUGAGGUGAACUACCAGGAGCUGAGAGCAGAGAUGGAAGAAAGACUUCGGGAACAGACGCUGCAGUAUGAGACGAAUCUCCAGGGCCUUGAAACGCAGCUUCAAAAUCUAAAGUCUGAAACGGAGCAUGGAUCCAUCCAGAGUUUGAAGGAGGAGGAUGAAGAACCAGAUGGAGGGGCAUUAGUGGAAAAACACACAACAGAGCUGAUGGAGAAGCUCCAAAGAGUAGAGCUGGAGAAGGCGGGGCUAGUGAAACAGGUGGAACAGAAGGAGACCGAGAUAAAGAAUAUGAAACUGGAGAGUGCAAAGCUGGUGGACCAGAUUAAAAGCAGGGAAGUGGAGCUUAGGCAAGUAGAGCAGGAGAAGACAGGGUUAUUUGAACAGGUGGAAAAAAAGGAGGAAAAGGUCAAGAUGGUGGAGCAAGAGAAGGCAGGGCUUGUUGAACAGUUGGAGCAGAAGGAGGUGGAGCUAAAGAGGUUGGAACUAGAGAGAGCAGGGUUGGAAGAACAGACUGAAUUGAAAGAUCUGGCGUUAAAGAGAGUGGAGCUUGCGAAAGUAGGGCUGGUGCAGCAGGUUGACCUGAAAGAGGCGGAGCUACAGCAGAAGGAGGCAGAGCUUGAAAGGAUGAAGCUGGAGAAUGCAGAGCUGGUGCAACAGGUGGACCAGAAAAUGGUAGUGCUACAGCAAAAGGAGGCGCAGCUUGAAAAGAUGAAGCUGGAGAAUGCAGAGCUGGUGCAACAGGUGGACCAGAACGAGGUAGUACUGCAGCAAAAGGAGGCAGAGCUCCAGGAGAUCAUGUUGGAGAAGGCAGAGCUGGUGCAACAGUUGAACCAGAAAGCAGUAGAGCUACAGCAAAUGGAGGCGGAGCUUGAAAGGAUGACGAUAGAGAAGGCAGAGCUGGUGGAGCUACAGCAAAAAGAGGUGCAGCUGCAGAGGAUGAAGCUCGGGAAGGCGGAGCUCACAGACCAGGUUCAAGUAAAGAAGGCGGGUCUUAAGGCAGCCAGGAAGGCUAGACAAAAGGCCAGCAGGGUCAAAAGUUUAGAGGCAAAGCCUGACACUAAGAAACAGAGUCAGCUCAAGAUUCAGUUAUCUGAGGUGGAGCUUCAGGAAGAGGAGGCGUGUAAGACUGAGCAGCUUUUGGCUCCGCCCCUUUCCCAAGCUGCUGCGGAGGAGGAGAGCGUGAGAGAGACGGAUGUCAGUGUUGUGCUUCGCAGUGAUGGCGUGAAGCAGAAAACACACGCUCGUACCAAGAUCGUCGCUGCUGCAGCGGCGCACUCUCACACACACACUCACACACACACACUCACACACACACUCACACGCACUCAGCCUGCUACUGCUGCAGCGACGCACGCAGACAGAGAGAACAAGCCGGAGAGCGAGUCGGAGAAACAGGUGGAGAGCCAAUAUGGAGAGACAGACUUGGUCCCUGUACUGACACACACAGACAGCAUGGAAGGUUUUGAACAUGAGGAAUGUCGGCUGCAGAUGGAGGCUCAGCGUAUCAGCCUCUCUCAGAUUCAUGCUGCUCAGUUAGAGCUGCUUAAAGAGAGACUGCCUGAGUGGGAGGAGCCUGGGAGACCAGGUGGGGCUAAAGCCUGCAGCCCCUCACUGACCUCCAUCGCCCAGGACUGCACACACCUGCUCCAGUUGAUUUCUGUUAUAUGUGGUGUUGACGCUGUGGAUGUGACAGAUGAACAACUCCAGAAUCUCAAACCUUCCACCAUCAGAGAGAUCAUAGACACAACCCGAGAUGUAUACCAAAAGCUGCAGCAGUUGGAUAUGGAUGUUUUAUCUUCACACACUUGUCUUACAACACAGAGUGAGGAUAGAAAUGAGAUGGUGUUUGAUGAUCGCUCGGUCAGAACCGAAGAUGAUGUCCACACCUCCACACUCAGUGAACUACAGGAGCAACUUCAGGAGGAAGUGAAGCACAAGAUGGAGAUUAAGGAGGAGGUGAAGUUGAAUAUGAAGUUGGAGCUUUAUGAAGAGGUGAAGCAGAAGAUUGAGCUUCAGGAGGAGCAGCACAGGCAGGAGAUUCAGCGACUGAGGAGUUACUACAGUGAACAGAUCAGAGAAACAGAGGAACGCUACACCAACCAGAUCCUCCUUCUGCAGGACCAACUUCAGGACAUGACUCCAGCAGACACCUUGCACAGCAUGCAAAGCAUUUCUGCACACAUACAGGAGCAACAGCUUCAAAUGCGACAGUGUGAGAUGGAGGAGGAGAUUGCCAGGGUGAUCGUGCAGAUGUCGGUGGAGUUUGCCAAGCAGAGCGAGAUGAGUCGCAUCAGCAUGCAGAACCACAGAGAGCGACAGCAGGACGAACUCAGUGAGGAGACACAGGUACACACUCUGUCCACACAGAUGAGGAUAAAUGAAUUUAAUGGAGACUAUCUGCAGGAGGGGGCGGAGCCUGAACAAGUGAUUCACAAAGAGGAAGAGAAAGGGAGAGGAGGAAUGGAGCGAUUGUAUCCCAGCAUGCAGUGCAGUAGCACCCAGACAGAAAUGCUGCGGAGAAGUGGAGAAGGGGAUGAGGACAAGGAUGAAGAGCGAGAGAGGAAGAAGAAGGACGAGCAGUGUGAGGAGGAGGAAGUGACGGUGACAUCAGCACACACAGAGGAAAGAUUGUAUCAGGUGUUAAUGGACAUGUUGAAGAUGGCUACAUUAAUAGAGGAGACCAUCAGAGACCAGCCCAUCACACCCCCAGCAGACAUGCCUGAGAUGGACACCUCGAGCCCGUUGUCGGGGGCAACAGACACCGACGAGGGGCUGGACAUGUCACAGGAGGCGGGGCUUGCUGUGGAGGGGGUGGGGUCUGUGUGGAGUGUGAGCUCCAGGCUGCAGAAGGUGGUGGAGAAGCUGGUCAUCACUCUGACUGAGACACAAACACGGUUGGAGCACGCUCGGUUAACUCAGACAGAGUUGAUGAAGGAGAAGUUCAGUCAUGACCAGCAAAUCGCCGACUUACUAAUCAGACAGGAGGAGCUUCAGCAAAGACUAGAGGAGGAGAGAGCAGCUCGAGAGAAGCUCACACAGCAACUCCAUCAUGCUGAAGGUUUGAUUGACGGGUAUUCAGGUGAGAGGCGGGUCCUGGAGGAGCAGGUGCGUGAGGGGAUGACACUGCAGCAGCAGCUGGAGGCGGAGCUUCAGAUGACCAACAGCCAACUUCAGGAACUACAACAGGAGAGACCCGACUUCAGUGAGCAGCAGGACCUGUUACUACGGCAACAAGACUCCAUGACGGGUGGAGCCACAGAGGCAGAGCUAAGCCUAGUUGAGGCUGCAGUUGAUGAUGCACCUGAGGCAGGACUUCUGGAGGAGACAGAAAAGCUGAUGCAGGAGAAGGUUGAUGUUCAACGUCAGGCCCAGAAGGAUCAUGCAGAGCUUCAGGAGCAGGUGAAGCAGUUGGAGGCAGAGCUUGAUGAGCAGGUGAGAGCCAUGGCCAAGCUGGAGGAGACUCACCUGUCUGAGAGCGCUGACCUCCGGCAGCAGAUCCACGCUCUUGAAAAACAGCUGGAGAACAACCGGCGCUUCCUGGAUGAGCAGGCUGCAGACAGAGAACAUGAACGAGACGUCUUUCAGCAGGAGAUUCAGAAACUGGAGCAGCAGCUGAAGAGCAGCAGUAAGCCUCAGGCUGACCACAGAGAGGUGGAGGAGCUGAGCGUGGCCCUGCAGGAGAAAUCUGAUUGGUGCAGUGAGCUGUUGCUGCGAGUGGAGCAGCUGCAGAGGGAUGUGCAGGAGCGUGAUGAGGAGAUCGAGAGGCAGGAGGAGCGUGUGAGGAUGCUGGAGGAGGUGCUUGUAUCCCACGACAACCGCAACAUCACGCCAACCAGGGAGGACAGUAAGCAGUAUGCCUCCAUGGCAGGCGGGGCUGAUGCCACCCUGGAGGCUUUACUCCAGACUGAGAGAGAGGCUCUGGACAGGAAAGAAAAAGAGAUUGUGAAUCUGGAGGAGCAGUUGGAACAGUUCAGGGAUGAGCUCCAGAACAAAAGUGAGGAGGUUCAGCAGCUCCACAUGCAGCUGGAGAUCCAGAGGAAGGAGAUUAGCACACAACAGCAGGAUCUUCAGGCUCACACCAGCUUAAAGAUGGUCUUGGAGGAGAAGAACAGGCAAAUUGCUCUUCUUAAUGAACAGAUUGCUAAACUUCAGCUUUCGGAAACUACGAAGCCUGACAACAAGGAGGUGGAGGUAAAGAAUGAGCUGGUGCGUGAGCUCGAGUCUCAAGUUGAGUACCUUCGUGGAGAACAGGAUCGGCUCAAACGAGACAACGAGGAAGAAGUGGAGCAGCUAAACUCUGUAAUCGAGAAACUCCAGCAGGAGCUUUCCAAAAUUGAGCACAAACAAUCUGCUGAGGAUGAUGAGGAAGACCAGCAUGAUGAACUGAAACAGAAGAUGGACCAAAUUCAGCGAGAGCUUGACACACUUAAGGAAGACCACUCCUCACUUCUCAGCAAAUAUGGAUCCCUGCAAGAGGAAAGAGAGACAGAAGAAGAAAAGGAGAAGAAGAAUGAGAUGCUAGUUCUUGAACUUGAAGACAUGUUGAGGGAGAAGACGGCAGCAUUAUUAGUGGCCCAAGUUCAGAUUCAUGCUUUGGAGGAAAGUGCCACAUUCACAGUGACCAAUUUAACAAAGCGAGUGGAGAUGCUAGAGAAUUUCCUAGAAGAGAGAGAGCUGGAACUGACAGAUUGUAGAUCAGAGGUGGAUAAAGCACAAUCUGAAACAGGAACCCUCCAUCUGAAGGUCUCCCAGCUAGAGGAGAAACUCAAGGAGAAGGUAGCCACUUUGAGCCAGUUGGAGCAUCUAGAAACAAACAUCCAAACCAAAGAGUUUGAAAGUAAGAUAAAAAGUGGGACCUUUUUGGAUGAUAUUGAGAAAAAGUUGGAAUUAAAGGUGGAACAUGGAGAAUAUUUGGGCCAACCUGUUGCUGGGAAAGAGAUAGGAUUAAAGCAACAGUGUGAGAUAGAAGUGGAUCAGAAGAAUGAUGGAAAAGAGUUGGAAUCAAAAGUCAUUGCUGGAGAAAAAAUUGAAUCAAAGGUAGUUGAACCCACUGCAGGAUUAAUGGAAUCUAGUUCAGAGAUGGAGGUCAAACAGCGUUCGGUAAAUACAGUGGAGAAUAUGGUCCUCCUGAUGGAGAAGUUGAGAGAACUGGAAGUAGAGCUGAGUUCCAUGUCGAAGACCCAAGAAUUGCAAAAACAUCUGCUUGCAGGUUCAGAAGAGGAAGUUGAAGAGUACGAGAAAAUGCUGACUAAGCUCAUGGACCUGCUCGACCAAAUAAAAACAACACCUACAUCACCUGCUGCGACCUCAAGUGAAUUCAUGAGUGAGAUGGAGAAGCUUAUUCAGGAGCUGCAGGAGGUCAAAGAUCAAUCAGAGGCUUCUAAAGAAGAACUGGACCGCUUUAGAAACCAGAGUCAGAAUCUGCAGGAUCAGAUACAGCUUAAGGAGGAACUGAUCGAGAAGCUACAGGAGGAUCUACACAGGCUAAGUGCAGCCUCAGAUUGCAGUAGUGAGAAAAACUCUACAGUGGUAUCAGCACUUCGUCAGGAGCUACAUGAGGUUAAAGGUCAAGCAGAGGCUACUGAAGAGGAACUGAACAGAUGUAAAGAAAUCAGCCAAAGACUUCAGGAACAGAUUCAGGAGCGAGAGAUGACGAUCGCUCUGUUGAAGGAUCAGGUGCACAAGGCAACUGGUGACGUGGAGAGUUCUGAGCUGCUUCAGGAACUUCAGGAGGUCAAGCAUGAAGCAGCAGCAAUUAAAGAAGAGCUGAGCAGCUACAUAGAACGGAGCCUCAAACUACAGGAGCAGAUACAGGUUCGAGAUGCAACUAUAGCCCAGCUGAUGGAGGAAAUCCAGCAGCUCCGUACAGCUUUAACCAAGUCAGGAGAAGAGAAAGACCUAGCUUCCUCCAAGAAAAAAACCGGACGAGAUCAUACCGGAAAGGUCAAAGGUGGCAGCACAGCCAAAGACAAACAGUCUCUCUCCACGAAGAACUCCACUACUCCACCUUUGACUCCUUCGGCUAAUGGCUCUACGAGUGUGUCCACCGUGGAUGUGGGGACACAGGUGGAGGGGGCAGGGCCUGCGGUGGAGCUGGGGGCGGAGCUGGAGGAAGUGAUCGGCGAGUACACGGAGCGGAUCGGACAGAUCCGGGAUCUGCACGCGGCCGAGAUCAUGGACAUGGAGAACAGGCACAUUGCAGAGAGUGAGAGUCUGAAGAAGGAGAACCAGAGACUGGAACAAGAGUGUGACACGCUCAGAGAUAGCAUUAAUAAACUCCGCCCCAUACAGGUUGUGAGACCAGAUCCCUCUGUGUCCUCCCCAUUCAGAGACGGAUACACAAGUGACAGCAGCUCGGAGGUGGGCACGGAGUUCAGGAACACACCUGAAGGGGCACGGCCAGACGACACACACCUGCCCGACAAGAUUAAGGCGCUCCUCAGGGAGGUCCAUCAGGAGGGAAUGCAGGUUCUCUCUCUGUCUGAGCUGAGUGUGUGUGACGACUCCGCAGACCGCGGCAGCCUCUUAGCGCAGAUCACGCACCUCCAGGCUCAGCUCACACAGCUGCAACAGGACACACACACCAACCAGCAACUGCCCCACACGCUGAGCAUGACAGAGAAACAGACAGGAGAGAGAGACAGAGAGACGGAGGAGUGUGAGAGACUGAAGGCCGAGCUAGCACAGGUCAAACUGGAGCUGAAGACGUCACAGAAAACCCAACACACACACUUGAGAGAGCUCGAUACACUCAGGGCCGAGGUGUGUGUGAAGGCAUCUGAACUGGAUGCAGCGAGUGACCGGCUGGCAGAGGAGCAGCGGCGGGCGAGAGAGCUGCAGUGGGAGGUGGAGAGAGAGAGGAGCAGGGCUGACCGGAGGGCUGAGGGAGAGAGGGAGGCGCUGGAGGAUGUGAGACUCGCUCUGGAGGAGGAGAGACAGGUUUCAGCACAGAGAGAAGCAGAACUCUCCAAAUACAUGGCCCUGGCUACACAACUGCAGGUCCAGUUAGAAUCUCAGAACCGUCAGAUAAAUGAGCUGAGCUCUGACCUUCAGAAGGAGAAAGAGUUCAAUGCUGAACUGCUUAAACACACACAACACCCCCUACAGGUGGAGGAUGGCAUUCCCUCUGUAGCGGACAAUGUGCUCCAAUCUCUGCAGGCCCAGCUGAAGGAGAAGCAGGCCACCCUGGUGGAGCUGAGGGCACAAGCAGAGCAGAGGGUGCUGCAGGAGCUGGAGCAGAAGCAGAAGUGGCAGGAUGAGAGGACACUCCUCCAGAGACGAAUAGAUGAGCUCCAGAGCCUGUUUCAGGGAGAGAGGGAGCGAGGGAAGGGCAUAGAGAGAGAAAAAGAAAGGCUGGAGUGCAGAGUUGUGGAGCUGAUGGAGAAGAGCAGCACCAACCUGAGUUCACCAAAUGAGCGAAUGGGUGACUGGAUGUUGGAGCAGAAAUCGAACAAAACCGUGCCUCUGGACUCCAUCAGUAUACCCUUCCUGAACACAGCAGGGGCAACAGAUAUCAAGGACAUGGACAGCGCUAUUGCAAAGCUACAGCAAAUGUCCAGCCAAAUCAACAGGCUUACUGUGGAGGGUGCUGACAGAGAGAGUUUCAGCUGGUUACAGAGGAACGUUCAGGAUAUUUUGUCAUUCCUGCAGAAAUUCUCCUCAGCACCCCCUGCUGGACCAGAGAGUUUUGCCCUGACGACCGGUGGUUUCUCCAGCGUGUUAACCGAGCGGCUGCUGCGUCAGAAUGCGGAGCUAACCGGCUACAUCAGUCGUCUAACAGAGGAGAAGAACGAGCUGAGGAAUCAAAUUCUGAGACUAGAGGAGGAGCUGAGGAGACUGCGCCACCUUAAGGCCCAUAGCUCCCUCAGAUCUGGCUCAGAGGUCCUGGAGGGUGUGUCGGAGGUGCAGAGGGAGUUGUGGAUGAGAGAGAAGAGCAGGAUGGAGAAAUCCCUCCGUCAGGCAGAGGUGGAGAUUUCACGCCUGCGGGCAGAGAUUCGCUCUGACACGGUGCGAGACCUCAGCACGGUCGACGCCGACAAUGCCACACUAAAGUGUAACUCCGCCCACUCCGUGCAGAGGAUUUAUGGAAAAUACCUGCGCUCCGAGAGUUUUCGCAAAGCUCUGAUCUACCAAAAGAAAUACCUGCUGCUGCUGCUGGGGGGCUUUCAGGAGUGUGAGGAGGCUACACUCGCACUGAUCGCCGGCAUGACCGGCCCACAUGUCUACACACACACCACCUUACUGGAGUGUGUAAGUCACCGGCACCGUGGAUACACACGCUUCCGAUCUGCUGCUCGCGUCUGCAUCGCCAUCUUCAGGAUGCGUUUUCUGGUUCGGAGAUGGCAGAAGGUGACGGGGGGAUCAAUCACCAUCAGCAGGAAUGGUGUAGGACAGAGCCCAGUGAUGGAGGUGAGGAACGACUCUCCCUACCUGCAGCCAUAUGGAGAGAGAAGAGGAACAAACAGAGGAAGAACAGGACGAGAGUCACCUCACACUGCACACUCCACACAGCACAGGUAUGGAGGGAUGAGUACAGAUGGAGGAGUGUUGUGUUCUCAUCUACAGAAUUACGAUCCAGAUCGAGCACUCUCUGAUUACAUCACCAGACUGGAGGCUCUGCAGCGUAGACUGGGGAGUGUACAGUCAGGAUCGUCCUCGUAUGCUCAGUUGCACUUUGGAAUGAGAAGAUAGAGAUCUUCAGUGAAACUUAACUAAUCAACACACACACACACACACACACACACACACACACACACACACACACAUACACAUACAUACAUACACGCACACUCAGUUGCCUUUUAUCACACUGAGCUGCUGUGGGUUUGUACAUAUAAUUAAUGUGGAUUUAUGUUUUGAGGGACCAAAUACACACACACACACACACACACACACACACACAGUCGUCUGUACAUUAGGAGUGUUUAUGUUUGUGGUUUACAAUAGUCCUGUUCUAUGUGUACGUGUGGGAAUGCUAAUUUAAGUUAAUUUAUAGUGCAGAUGUGGUGUACAGGGUGUUUGGGUUUCUCGCUGCUGCUGGACUCGUGAUAACAGUGACACCUCGUGUGUGUGUGUGUGUGUGAGAGAGAGAGAGAACACACACUGUUCACUGCUGAAGGUCAUAAAAAUGAUACGGUGUGUGUGUGUGUGUCUGAGAGCUGUGGUGCGUUGUCAGUGUUAUCUCUCUCACACACACACACACACACACACACACACACACACACUAACACUGUUUUAUCAGCUGGCUCUCCAGAAGCGAACAAAGAGGACACUUUGUAGAAGACAUAUUUUUGUAAAGGCAGGAGCUUUGACUUUUAUGGGUAUUUUGUCAACACUGAAAUAAAGAUUAAUAUAAUAUUUCA